AUGAACUACGGAAUCACUGGGGGAAUCCUUACUGGAGAAACACAGAUCCAUACUGGAGGAUUACACCUAAAUUACUAUUCAUCUGGAGAAAGACUUUCAAAUAAACCUGGCAACAAUCCUAAAGCCUCCAAUGUUUUUUCAAAAUUUGGUUGUGAUAUUUGUGGUAAACAAUUUAAAUUUUCGCAAGAACUUAAAGUUCACAUGAGGAUCCAUACUGGGGAGAGACCAUUUCAGUGUGAGUUAUGCUUGAAACGAUUCCGACAACAUCAGCAUCUCAAUACACAUAUGAAAGGAGUACAUAAACAAGUCAAAAUAAAGAACAACAGGAAAGUACACUGAUGGGAUACUAAAAUAAUACAGAAGAGAACAAGAAAUACAUUAUCCCAUUGAAAGAGGUCUGAUAGGCAUGUAGUGAAGCCCUCUGUUGCCAGUUUCUAGAUACAGAAUAGUAGAAUAGAGGCAUAUAUUUCAUAAUCAAUCAAACUAAUAAUGCGGUGUAAUAGCAAAAUGCUGAUACAUUCACUGUUAAUAUUAUCUUAAGAUUAGGUUUUUGUCAGCCAAAUCACAAUUUAAUGUUGGAAACUGUGCCAAAUUAUAUCUUUGUGCUCUGAUUUUGACGCAACUUUUGGCUGGCACCAUUAUUCUUGCUCCAGGGCAUUUCUCUGUUUGAAAUCAGUACAGAAGCUCUCUGGUGUGCCUGUAACUGUAACAUCAUUUUGGUUGUACACUGUGAAAAUGUUUAUCAGUAAUAUAUUGUAUUAUGGUAGAUAUGUUGCUUGUCAUAUGUUCAAAUCAAAUAUUGAAUAAAUUUCUUCAUGAAAUUUGAAUACUA